AUGCAGGAACCGAAGCGAGGGGCUUCUGCUACUUUGCACGCUUCGAUAUUCCAUAACAGUCCUGAGGAUAUCCUUCUUGACUUAAAGGACCAUGGAUGGGAAGCUGGUGAUGCUCCUAGGAGGUUCAAUGAAAGUGCAGCAGAACUGGCAACUCUGUUUGCCGAAGAACGAGAAGGAUGGAAGGGCUACAUAGAGUGGGAGCGCUACCCCGAGAAAAAGCGUAAAGCUGCCGAAAUCCUCUCUAGAUACAACUUCAAAGGGAACGAUGAAUUUCAACUUGUUCCUCUACCGAGUACCAACCCGAUCCUCGAAGGCAAACGGUGGAAGCAAUAUCACAAAGCACUUGCUGGCACAAUACAAGAUAUUCCUGCUAUCAGCUGGAAGUACGUCACUAAGGAGAAGUCAGAUGACAUGAUUCACGUCUUACAAUUCCCCUACAAUGGCGAGCCACCCCGUGACCGUCUCGUUCAGACCGAGUUCACGCCCAACGAGGAUCACUUCGUCCGCAAUCACGGUGGGAUACCUGAAAUCGAACCGGAAAAGUACUUUGUGGAAGUGGACGGGCUCGUCAAAGAGCCUCAAAGCUUAUCCUUUGCUGACAUCCAGGAUGAAACGAAAUUUCCUCACAAAUCACUCGUGGUUACUCUACAGUGCUCUGGCACACGGCGCAUCGAGCAAAUCCACGAAUACCCUGGUGACGGUGACGAGCUGAUCAAUGCCCCUUGGGGUGAGGGGGCAAUUGGAAACGCGCGCUACACGGGUGUCAGCCUCAAGAAGAUCAUAAAGCACUGCGGCGGCCUCGUUGACGGUGCCGACAACAUUGAAUUCUAUGGCUGUGACACAUACUUCAAGAAAGGCCAGGUAUACAACUACGUCGUCAGCGUCCCAUGGCGCAAGGUAAAGGCCAAUGAAGUUCUCCUUGCAUGGGACAUGAACGGUAAACCACUCCCUAAAAUUCAUGGCUAUCCACUGCGCGUUGUAGUAUGUGGUUAUAUCGGCGCCCGCAGCUGCAAAUGGCUUUACCGCAUCAAAGGCAUCAGAGGACCAAGCAUGGCACCCGUACAGAUGAAGGAGUAUCUCUACUACACGCCACAAGUUGGCAAGCAGAACGCCAUGUACAGCAACGGCUUCUCGAUUCAAGAUAUGCCGGUAUCCAGUGCAAUCAUGUCCCCAAUCGACAAAAAAGUCAUCGUGCAUUCCGGUUCUAUCUCCUUACGUGGCUGGGCCUAUUCUGGCGGCGGCCAUUGGCCAAUCCGUGUCGAAGUGUCCGGCGAUGGCGGGAGCAUCUGGUACGAAGUGCCACCGGCUAAUCUUUCAACAAAGUACUAUCACGGUUGGCGACUCUGGUCUAUUGACUUACCCGUUGACGCAGAAGGUUGGCUAGAACUCUGCGUGCGGUGCUGGGAUAAUGCGCUUAACACGCAACCGACCUUUGUGCGAAGCGCCUGGAACUGGGACUUGCAUGUCACGAGUAGCUGUCAUCGCAUCAAGGUAUAUAGCGUGAACAAGAGCAGAAAGAGGACCAGUGAGAGGCUGGCAAAACUGGAGGAGCAAGGACUGGGGAUCGAGCCGUUAACGAUGCCAUUAGAAGUGGAUCUAGAAAGCGAGGAGGAUUAUAUACAGCAGGUGAUCAGCACGGGAGGCAGGGAUCCGGUAGAGUGA